CGUGUGUUCGAGUGUUCGUAUUCGUACAUUGGAUUUUGUGAAACGAAAAUAUUACGCGCAUUGAUCGAUUUAUUUACAUAGUUCGAUUUUAUAAAAUUAAUGAUAUGUUGUGAGUUUGAUUAAAUAAUCGUAAGUGAUAAAUCAACACUCCACAAUGGCUAAGGAAAUGAUGAUAGUGUUCGUGUACGACACGCUGUGCUGCGUGUCGGAGGAGGACGACCCGGCGGACGCGGUGCUGUACUUCCACCCCGGGUGGGUGUCCGACACCCAGAGACACGCGCUCGCUGGACAGGUGGUGGGAGCGGCCCACUGCGUCAAGUCGCUGUUCUCGCAGCCAACGGCUAUCACGCUGCAGAGCGGCAAGUUCAUCAUCAGGGAAUAUGGCAGAUAUGUUCUGGCGAUAGGCAGUGACAGGAACAUACCAGACUGGGUGCUGAAGAAUCGAGCGAACCUUCUAACGUCCAUUAUCAAAGUGUAUCACGGGGACCUGGAAUCAUUAGCUGAUUCUAUGGAAGAUCAGAAAAGGCUUGCUGAGAAGCUGUAUCAGAUCUUCGAGACGUACCUCCCAGUGCUGCAGUAUGGAUGCCAUAUCUUUCAACGGGUGCCAAUGUUGAGUCUUCCGAAGAGUGCCACGUCAGUAUUCAUGGAAUCCAUGCAGAUAUUAGAGCACUGCCGAAGGAAUAGAGGCGUUUUGGGCGGAGUUAUUUUAUAUAAUAAUAAGAUAAUCGCAACACAAUUACCACCGAGUCUGACCUCAUACCUUACAGUAGUAGAUCCGUAUCGGAUAAAGUCCCCAGCAGAGAGCUUAGAGACCGACACACCUCUGCCUUUAGGGUCACAAGUAUUGGUAGUAUAUGUGGGCAGAAAGGCGUACAAUAGUUUGAAGAAACAAGCCAAUAAGUUACAGGAGUUUGCGAAAAAUGGAGAGGAAUUAGUCAACGGGUUUAAGAAGGCACAAGAAGCAGAUAGAGAUAGGGCUCGAGAAUUUCCACAGACAGGCAUGAAAAGGGACAAAUCGCUACUUUUUACAGCAGUACCUGAGGAAGAUCACACAAUGAUCUCUCCGCCGAAUAGAGAAGAAGUACCAGGAGAGAAACGGAAACCCAGUAUGCCUGAUGUAGUACCCUUUGCCAAUAAACCCAGACCGCGACCCAACAAACUGUCACUAAGCUUUAAAAACCAGAAAUCAUUAGAGGAAGACGUGAAAGAAGAUGAAAAUGUCUUCACAGGACAGACCAGUGUUUGCUCAACACCAAUGGUCGAAUACAAAAGAUUACACGGAAACAUGCUAUCCAUCUGCCAAAACCUGGAUAGCCAAGAAAAAACUGAUGUGGAACCAGACGUUCUGAAAAACAUCGAAAACUGUAAAAUAGACGAAAAACGCGACACGAAAACGAUCCUAAAUACCGACUGUGUGGCCGAACAUUUUAUUAAUAAACCCGAACCGUUGAGGAAACUAUCUAGCGUCACAGAUUUGCAUGAUACAAUACAAAAGAUAACUAAUAAAAACGGGUCGAAAAUAAAGUUAAAAACGUCCAAAGAGGAUAUAGACGCGUCACCGACGGCGCAACGUAAGAACCAGAACACAAUAACAAUAAACGACCCAUCCUUCCCAGUAUUCAGAAACGACGGCAUCGCGAUAUCCGAAUCGCUUUUCAAUCAGUAUCUCGAACAGUAUUACGCGGACAUGAAAGACAAAUCUAAGGAAGACAACAUGUUUAAUUUCAACCUCAAAUUGUGCGAGAUGGAUAAAUUCCAAGACUUCGACUCGGAGUUGGCGAAGUCCCCGCAAAGAACGCCGAAGAAAAUUGCCAAGGACUCGACUAAAACUUUGUCGAUUACGGACCAGUCGAGGCGGAAGUCUUUGUCGUUGCCUUUGAAAUCUUUGAACACGGAUUCACAGACGGAGACGGAUACGAUAAGCUUUAAGAAAAAGUUGACUGGAGUUCAGCUAACGCCGUUAAUGGAAAAACUUAGCCAUUUAGCGUUCUCGGAUAAAUCUAGCGGCUACAGCAGUCGAGUGAUGACCCCGCUCGAGUUGAGAGACAUUCUAACGCCGGGAUUGGAGAAACCAAUUAAUUUUUCAAAUAAACCAAAACCCGCGCAACGCGAGUCCGACAGUGAGAGCGAUAGCGAAGCGAGCGAAGGCGAAGCGAACGUUAGCGGGUUCGCUUCCCGCGCCGUGCGAUGUGCGCUGUUCGUUAGCGGUCUGCACAAUGUUGCUCUGUUGGAAUUACUUGAUUUGGAAGCCGCUAAUGAUGCGGAUAUUAUUAAUUCUUUGUGGGAAACAUCCCUAAACGCGUUGGGCCCCAUAGAGCAGCAAUGUGUGGAGCCCCCCGUGGCAGGGCCCGACUGUAGUGACUAUAGUUACUUGCUAUUGGACCCCGACUGGGGCACGGUUAAACGCGGGGGGCCCUGGGCAGCGGUGGAUAUAGCCACUAUGGGACUAAUACAUAAUGAAUUGGAAGAGGACCCCGAUUUGGCAGAGUUUAUGCUCAGGAGCGACGACAGCGUAGUACUAGGCGCGUCGUGCGGUCGAGCGCAAAUGUUCUACCAAGAGAGCGGCCCCCGACCCGCCGGCCCGCCGCCCCCAUCCGAUAUACUCGCCACCGCACCGUUACGGGCCCGCCGUAGAUUGCAUAGAGAUCAUUGCGCUUUGCUGAUAUAAAAUGGACCUUGUGGAGUGAAGAUAAGGUUCAGUUUGGUGUGAAAAGUUUAUGGAUAGUGUGGUGUACAGACUUUAUAUCGUAAAGUAAAGAAUUCUGCCGAGAGAGCGGCCUCUGACCUGCCGGCCCGCUGCCUUCUGAUAUACUCGCAACCGCACCGCUACGGGCCCGCCGUAGAUUGCAUAGAGAUCAUUGUGCGUUGUUAAUAUAAAAUGGACCUUAUCAUGUCUGAAUAGGGUUUAAUUAGGUGUGAAAAGUUUAUGGAUAGUGUGGUGUACAGACUUUAUAUCGAAAAGGAAAUAAUUCUAGCAAUAGAGAAUUGUUGUGGCAAAUUUAUGGAAUAUGGGGAAGUGAUAAUGUAGUGUUCUGUGAACUUUAUUGUGUUGGAAUAAAACUCUUAUUCGAUUGACACCUCGUAAGAAUUAUAACAUCUAAUUUGAUAAUAUCUAAUUUUGAACAGACAUAAUUAUAUUGAUGUUGUUCUAAAUUGAUUCGUAAUGUGUGCUAAUAGAUCUCAAAUUGGAGUGACAUCUUAAGGAAACAUCUCAUCUGUGUGCUAUUGCAAUUGAAACGGACUGAAUAAUUGGUAAUAGGUUUGUAAACGUGACCUAUUUCUAUUGGAAUAUGACUCAUGAAUUCUUUUGAUAUGACGUUUUCAAAUAUGACCCAAAUUCAUUUGAAAUCUUGACGUGACAAAAAUUCCGCGUUUUAACUACUAUAAUAUAUGUAUCAUUGUGUUAUAAUGUUUUCUGAAAUUAUAUUUUCAUGCAACGAUCAUGAUAAUUGCGUGGUGCAAAUGUAAUCUGAACCUCAUCUCGUGGUUUAUAUGUAAAGUUAGACGAGAGUAACCAUCUACGUGUGUUUCAUGUGAAUUGACCCUUAUUUCAAUGUUAUAAGAAGUAAACAUUGGAGUAAACUAUAUGUCAAAGUAAACUGGGACAAAGCGUGUGUCAAGUUUUGCAAUUAUAAUUUUUUUCAUUUCAUUAACUACCUAAAUACUCUUGUCAUGCUAAAAUGCACCUUAUUGCAAAUUUUUAACGCUGAUAUUUGCUCCAUAACCAGUGAUAACCAGUAAAAAACCAUAAAGUACCAGUAAGUAACCAUAAAAACGUAGUUAUUACAUAAAUUAAGACUUGAGAUGACGUCAAUUGAAACUAACUUAAAUAAGAAGAUUCUUCCAAAAGAUUAUUUCUAAUAGAACUUCAACAUACUUUAAAGAAAAUGCAAAGGCGCAUUUAAUACUCUGACCCUAUUAUUACUUAAACUAUACAUAUACCUAUGCAAAGUUAUAAACACUUAGAAAUCAUCCUAACAAAACAUUCCUAAUAUUAUGGAUCUCAUGUUUUAUGACUUGUUUAUGAAUAACCUUUGCAUAUUUUCUAUUUUUAAUCGAUCGAUUUGAAUGAAGAAUAAUUUAAAUUUUAACAAUAAUUUAAUGCAGGAUAGAACUUGUGUUGAACUAAAAUUAGGUCCUUUUUCUUUUGGAGAGAAGAGCUAAAUUAUUUAGCAUUUGGAUACAUUUAUCCAAAAUAAACAUUGUUCAGUUAUGUACUAGACAUACUAUUAUGUUUUGAAUACUUUUAUGUGUUUCUAAAUUUCUAAUACACUUUUCUACAUUUUAUCAUUCCAAAAAUUGUAUUUAUUCAGACAGAGCCUAUACAUGGCAGCACUUAUCUU